CAUAUUUGGAUUUACUUUACCCUUGUAUGUCCUCUUCUCUCAUCCCCAUCCAAACGAAACUGACAGAGACAUCGCAAUUUUGCUUUCAAACCCUAGACAGCCUUAAGCUGCCGCAACGCUUGAAGCCACCAUCUUCAUUGUCCUUAACGAUUGCCGCUCGCUUUCUCCCCAUCGUCGCCGUCACUAUCUUUUACCAUUUUGAAGCCAUGGCGAUCGCUGUUUAGAAUGAACGAGGAGCACUAAAUAGCUGUCCAUUUCUCUCCAUUGUCCAAAUCACCGUCACUGUGUGUGGGUACUUGAAAAUGAUUCUAAAUGGAUACACAAUGCCUCCUGUGGCUAGAUGUGCUUUUACAAACACCAGGGCAUGUAAACCCAUGCCUAGUAGCCUGAUAUCUGCUUGUGUUCCACCAUUGACUUCCAAGGCUGCAUUCUUAAACAUCAGGAGCUCAUGGCUGUCGGUUCCAGAUCUUGAUUCUAAAUCCUGGUCAUAUAGAGGUUCGCCAUUCUUGCACCUUUCUGCUGCAUCAACCCUGCUCUUAAGUGGGGAUCAAGGAGGAAUUUGGCACACAAUUCCCUCAUUACCGAGGAAGCGAAGAUCAUAUGUGUUCCCUCGAGCAUCCAAAGAUGUCCCAUACAGUUUUCGCUACCCUCCUAUGACCAAGAAGCCAAGAUGGUGGUGGAGGACUUUAGCAUGUCUCCCCUAUUUGAUGCCUCUUCAUGAGACAUGGAUGUAUGCUGAGACUGCAUAUCAUCUACAUCCCUUCCUUGAAGACUUUGAAUUUUUGACAUACCCAUUCCUUGGAGCGAUUGGCAGGUUGCCAAGCUGGUUCCUGAUGGCAUAUUUCUUUGUUGCAUAUCUUGGAAUUGUGAGAAGGAAGGAGUGGCCACACUUUUUCAGAUUUCAUGUGGUGAUGGGCAUGUUGUUGGAGAUUGCUCUUCAAGUGAUUGGGACUAUGAGCCGUUGGAUGCCACUUGCUUUCUACUGGGGUAAAUUAGGUAUGCAUUUUUGGACAGCGAUAGCAUUUGCUUACCUUUUUACGGUGUUGGAGUGCAUACGGUGUGCUCUUGCUGGUAUGUAUGCUGAUGUCCCUUUUGCCUGUGAUGCAGCAUACAUCCAAAUCCCUUACGAUUAGGUAGUAUAAGAACUUAAAUUAGUGUGGUCUUUCCAUUUUAUGGUUUUAUUGGACACUUUUUGAGCAGAAAUGUAUGGCUUAAUGCUAAAUACAUCUUGUGUAAAUGUUUCAUUUGGGUUACCUGAGUGCCAGGGAUUCACAUA